AUGGAUAACGCUACGGCGGGGAACUGGAGCUUUGCGAACGGCACGGACGGCUUCUACGUCCCGCCGCCGGACGCCGUCACGGCAAUCGUGGGCCCGACGGUGUACGGGCUGGUGACGGCGGUCGGCCUGGUGGGGAACCUGCUGGUGAUCUACACGCUGCUGGGACACACCAAGAUGCAGGACGCUACGAACUUCUACAUCCUGAACCUGGCGCUGGCCGACACGCUGUUCAUGCUGGGGAUCCCCUUCAUCUCCGCCUCCUCAGCCAUGGAGCGGUGGGUGUUCGGCAGGACCAUGUGUAAGAUCGUCCUGUCCAUGGACGCCCUGAACAUGUUCAACAGCGUGUUUAACGUGGCCGUGCUGAGCGUGGACCGGUACCUGGCCAUCGUCUGCGCCGCGAGUCACCCGCACCUCCGCCGGCCCAGGGUGGCUGUCGCCGUCAGCCUGUCGGUGUGGGCCGCGGGCCUGCUGCUCACCGUCCCCGUCAUGACGGUCAGCGACACCGUGCCGAUGGGAGACGGGAACGACAUGUGCAUGCUGGACUGGCCCGCCGAGAACGCCCUGGUCUGGUACAAAGCCUUCACGUCUUACAUGUUCAUCAUGGGCUUCGUCAUCCCCCUGGCGGUGACCAGCGCGUCGUACCUCCUGGUCGUCCGCCACCUGAAGCAGCGCGUGCCCGCCAACAACGCCGCAGUGGCCGAGGCCUCCAACAGGGUGCGGACCAAAGUGACGCAGACUGUCUUCGCCCUGAUCGUGACCUUCGUGAUCUGCUGGCUGCCGUUCCACGUGUGCCAGCUGGUCAACCUGGCGUCGGAUCUGCAGCCGACGCCCGUCAUCGCGGCGGUGUUCCACGUGGCCAUGGUCAUGUCGUACGGCAACAGCUGCGCCAACCCCGUCCUGUACGUCUUCACCAGCCAGAAGUUCCGGCAGAGCCUGCGGGCCGCGCUGCGCCUGACGCCGCGGGACCACGCCGCCGAGCGCGCGAGCUAUUACCUCCACACGAGAGACCAGGACGCCGCUCGCAGGAGGCGGGACAGGGACGUCUUCUUCCAGGAAGAAAACCAGGUAAAUCUUCACGAUCACGCAGCUCUGCAUUCGGCUCCUCAAGUAGUCAUGUAUGAAACUUCUGUGUAG